AUGGAAGUCAGUGUGCAGCCAGAUGCCAAAAGGAAAGUUCCGCGCGCUCUGAAAAGAAUUAUCAACACAAAAGAGUUUGAUGCGGCUUCCUAUAACAAGAGAUGUUGCGGAAGGUGCAGUAAAAACAAGCGAAUCGUGCAAAGGUUUAGAAGAGUAGGUUGGAUCUGACCUGAUCUCGAUUGUUGGAGUUUGAGAAUAAAUGACAUAAAUUGUGGAUUUGCGACUACAGUGAUAUCACCUUUAAUAACGUCAUCAUCACGAUCCUUAGAUUCUGGUCAACAAACUACCGCUGCUCCAACUUCCCCUGAGAUAUCUUUGAACCAAAUACAGAGUCUCGCACGAAACGAGAAGGUUAAUGUCAGAAGAGUCAUUACCCUUGGUGACAAACCACCUAAAGAAGUCAGUCAAAGAAAUGGACAAAUUGGCAUAGUUAAGGAAGACUGCAUACGAGAAGACUUGACUGGAUAUGCAAUUAUUCACCUCUGGGAUGAAACCAUAAAACAAGUCUAAAGCUCCAAGAGUUACAGUAUCAAGAACCUCAGUGUGAAAAACUACUCUGGAAAUACAAUGUUGGGAACAACAGUGUCAAUUGCAUUUGAAGAAGCAUCAUGCGAACUUGACAAAGUUAAAGGACCAGACCUCUCAAAGAAUUCUCAAAAAAAUUCACCCUACCAGAAUUCAAAUUUGUCGACAAACUCAACAUUUAUCUCCAAUGUCAAUUUUAAUCUUGUAACAGAAAGAUACCAUACACCAUAACUGAUAAAGUUGUCACCUGUCCAUCAUUGAUGAGCCUGAAUGGUUUCACAUCAUCAACCCAAUUUUCUCCAAAACACACACAAUUAAAAGUUGCAACCAAGGCAGUGGACAUUAAAAGUGAUGGUACUAAUGAAGGCGAUGAAUAUACUUACAAGAAGGAUGAGACUGAUCGAAGUAAAAAAGAGUGCUUCUGAGAUGAUGUUAGAUUCAAACGUGCGUGACACUUUCAGCAGAUGCGUUAGUCAGUUAAAAUAACUUUUGAAGAUUAUAAUUUUACCCCUCUAUCUGUAUUUCGCAAUUCGGCAUUUCAUAUAUCAAGUUCAACAAAAUCAACAGGCAUGUGUUUUCAGCUUCCUUUAUCAAUCUACUGCAAAAGGAGUAAAUAUCUGUGAGCUUUAGCUUCUUCCUUUGGUUUGUAAGUAAUUUCUGCUUGCUAGUUUUUCACAAACUUUUGUAUGGUUUUGUCUUUUAGUCGAGCCAUCACAAUCAUCACAAACGUCACCACAUCAACUGAAACAUCUAUGAUGCGUUUGAAUUACUUUUCCUUAACUCAAUAAACUUGGAUUUUGAUGCUGACCCCUCGUUUGGUGUUAAUAGAUGAUACCCUGUGUGAGAGAGCGCAGCCAUGAAAUUCAAGUUGUUCCUCCACAGAGCCAAGCUCUGAAGAAAGCCACUUGUCAGGGGAUGAGAGUGCAGAAGAAUAUAUCAGGUAA